GAAGGCAGAGACCCACAUUCGUGAAUGUUUGUUAAUACAGGCUUGUAACAUCUGCUCUUCCCUCCAGAGACCAUCGUCCGCUGCUCUCUUGCAGAAUUCUUCAUGUCUGAGUGAUCCAGUUCCUUCUUCAGAUGAACAUGAUGCUCAGUCCGGAUCAGGUGUCCUUCAUAGGACUGGCGUUUGAGACUUAUGUGAUGGAGCACCACAGGAAUGAGAUCCUACAGAUCUUCCAGGAGGCCAGUGGAGAUGCUCACUAUCCUGUUGUAGUGAAUGCCAUGACCUUAUUUGAGGACAAUAUGGAGGUUGGAGAGUGUUUCAAUGCGUUCCCCAGCCAGGUGCUGCCUGUAUUUGACAAUGCCCUACACAGAGUGGCCCAGACCAUAUCUCAGUCUUCUUCCUCACCGCAGGAGAGUUUCAAACUCAAGCACAAUCUGCAUGUUCGGAUAUCAGGUUUACCUUAUGUGUCCUGACUGACCAGAGAUCACAUUCCUCAAGCUAGAGAUGUUUGGCCACUUCCUGUCCGUUACGCGGCACGGUUCAUCCGCACUAGUGUGACCAAAGUGCUGGAGUUUGAGAGAGACUACAUGUGCAAUAAAUGCAGGCACGUGUUCUCUGUGGAGGCUUCGUUUGAGCAGUUUUUUACCACCUCACAUCCACCCACAAGCUCCCCAGUGAUGGAUGGAUGUAAUUCUUUCAAAUUCACCUGCCUGUCAGGAAGUGACGCCCCUCCGACCGCCUGCAAGGACUACCAGGAGAUCAAAAUCCAAGAGCAGGUACAGAAACUGUCGGUGGGCAGUAUCCCUCGAUCCAUGCUCAUCAUCCUGGAGGACGAUCUUGUGGACAGCUGCAAAUCAGGCGAUGACAUCACAGUGUAUGGAGUUGUGUGUCAGCGCUGGAAGCCGCCGAUGUUUCUGGAUUGCCGCUGUGAUGUGGAGAUUGUGCUGAAAGCAAACUAUAUCGAGGUCAAUAAUGAGCAAUCCACCACAACACUGGUGCUAGAAGACAUUCAGAAGGAGUUUGAAGAUUUCUGGGACAGUCCACACCAUGACCCCAUUGCUGGCAGGAAUGAGAUCUUGAUGAGUCUUUGCCCUCAGGUGUUCGGCAUGUACGUCGUCAAGCUGGCUGUUGCUAUGGUUUUGGCAGGUGGGGUACAGAGAAUAGAUGCGUCUGGAAGCAAGGAGAGUCUCAUCUGUUGCUUGUGGGCGAUCCAGGCACUGGGAAGUCACAGUUUCUGAAGUACGCGGCUAAGAUUACACCACGCUCUGUGCUCACCGCAGGAAUCGGAUCUACUAAUGCAGGUUCCACACAUUCUUCUGAACC